UGGCUUCCCCGGAAGACGCGUUCAGCGUGGCGGGAUCGUUGGGAAAAAGCGGAGGGGACGGUGGCGGCUUCGCUCCGUUCUCGUCCCUCCUCCCUUGUUGACUCAGCGCCUCUCUCUAAUCAUGCUCGGACAUGCCUGGCCGUUCCGCUUGGAGGAGUGAAGUCCAGACAUGCCCGUAAACGAGGUCGCGGGGCUACUAUUUAUGCUCGGCUGUUGCGAGGCAGUUGAGACUCGCAUAGCUGCAGGGCCCCUUACGGCAAAUGUGCAAUACUAAAAUGGCUUCUGCGACCGACCAGCCUGCGGCUGGCUCAGCUGUCAUUGACCGCUUGGAUCAAGAAGGCCUGAUUAAACCCAAACCACUGCUUAUGAAACUUCUACAGUUUGCUGGUGCAGAAAAGGAUACUUUUACCAUGAAGGAGAUUUUGUUCUAUAUUGGCCAAUAUAUUAUGUCUAAACGUCUAUAUGAUGAAAAGCAACAACAUAUUGUCCACUGUGCAAAUGACCUUUUGGGAGAUCUGUUUGGAGUACAGAGUUUCUCUAUAAAAGAACACAGGCAGUUAUAUUUGAUGAUUUCCAAAAACCUGGUAACAGCCACCCAGCAAGACACUAAUAACAUAGCUGUGAAUCAGUCCAGAUGCCAGCUAGAAAAUGGAAACAUUCUAAAGGAAACAAUACAAGAAGCCACUGAAGCAACUACUUCCCGAAGAACAAGAUCCAGUGAAACAGAAGAUAGUGCUUCAGAAGAUAUGAAUUAUGAAAGACAAAGAAAAAGGCAGAAAUCUGACAGUAUUUCUCUUACAUUUGAUGAAAGUCUUAAAUGGUGUGUAGUACAUUGUGAGCAAAGCAACAGCAGCAGUUCCUCACCAAGACCAGAUCAUGCCAGUUUAAGUGAAAAUUCAGACUGGUUAGAUGAGGAAUCGAUUUCAGACCAAUUCAGUGUAGAGUUUGAAGUUGAAUCUAUCUACUCAGAAGACUAUAGUCCUAAUGAAGAAGGUUUUGAACUAACAGAUGAGGAUGAUGAAGUAUAUCAAGUAACUAUAUAUCAGACGGAAGACAGUGAUAUAGAUUCAUUUGAUGAAGACCCUGAAAUUUCACUAGCAGAUUAUUGGAAAUGCACAAAGUGCAAUGAAAUGAACCCACCUCUUCCAUCCCAUUGCCCAAGAUGCUGGACUCUUCGGAAGGAUUGGCUUCCUGAUAAAAAGACAGAGAUAGCCAAGAAGAGCAAAUUUCUAAAUCCCUCACCAUUAGAUCCUGAGGAGGGCUUUGAUGUUCCUGACUGUAAGAAAGGGAAAAUUAAUGAAGAUAAAGAAGAAGAAAGUGCAGAACAAAGUCCCGAAUCUCAGGAAAGUGAGGCAUAUUCACAGCCAUCUACAUCUAGCAGUAUGCUUUGUAGUAGUCAAGAAGACUAUAAAGAAUCUGAGAAAGAAGACAUUGAAGACAAAGAAGAAAGACUGGAACUGGGGCAGCCUGUCUCCAGUGUAGAGCCUUGUGUCAUAUGUCAAACAAGACCUAAAAAUGGUUGCAUAGUACAUGGAAGGACAGGACACUUAAUGUCAUGUUUUGUAUGUGCAAAAAAGCUGAAGAAAAGGAACAAACCUUGUCCAGUCUGCAGGCAGCCUAUUGAGAUGAUAUUGCUAACUUAUUUUUGCUAGCUGCAGUACAAAUGAUCAGUCCUACAUGUAGAAUAACACAGAAUGCAAUUUUGAAUGUUUACAGGAAUAUAUUUAUUUUCCAAAAGAUACUUUUAAACAUUGCACUGCAAUUGACAGUGUGAUCAUAACAUUCUCCAGUUUAGUUUUGAAAUUUGCCAAAACAGUAAGCGUGUGUAUACAUGAUGAAGACUGAUAAUUCAGAGUUUAUUCUUUAUAUUUAAUAUAAAGAAAUCUUAUUACGCUUGUAUGGACCACAGAAAUAAAGUAUAUAUUAUGUUCUAAAUCUGAAACUGAUUUACUUUCCUAAGGUGAUCCAAAUACUGUAGGCCAAACACUGAGGAUACAAUGGAAGGUGCUUAACAAUGAUUUUUAGUUGUUUUCCAAGUUUCCUCUUGUCUAACAGUUUUAUUUUAUCUAAGUGGUUAUUGGCUAGCAAGCUAAGAUUAUCUCAAGAAGAGCUUAAAGCUGAUAUGAAAAAACUAGUUCUGACAGAUCCCUUAAUGCUGAUUAAAACAAGAGGCAGACAGUUGUUUUGGGCCUGGACAACUUACAAUCUGUUCCCAGUGUGAAAGCUCUACCUUUGACUCAAUGAACCCAAUGGAAGUUUUGGUGGUCUACUCGAGUUGCUUUCUUUAGGCCAUGGUUACCAUAUUUGUAUUGCUUUGGUGAAAUUAUAAAGGAUGACUUACAUUUGUGCUGUGAUCAAGUAUUAUGGCAAGAAUUCUGUUUAAAAGGUUUUUAGAAUACUAAUUCUAAAAGUCACUGAAAUAAGAUGUAGCAUUCCAAGUACUUAUUAUUGUAAUACAUUCACAGCAAGCAGUGUAGAAUGUGUGAGUUGCAAUCUAUAAUUUACCAAUAAACGAUCUUUGCUUUUGUUUA